GAGGGGCUGGGUGUGUGGGGAAUGAUAUCUGGAGCCCGGCAUUAUAUCGGGCUGGGGUGGCAUGGUUUGGGAAGGUAUAGCUACUGGUCCCUUUAGGAAGGAAGGAGUUAAGUGGCUGUGCUGUCACCUGAGCCGAGCAUCGAAUUACCUGAGCCCAGGUUCCUCUUGGAAGGGGUGGAGCCAGGCCUGCCCUUGGGCUUUUGGGGCCCCUCAAGGUAAAGCCUGGGUGUGUCCAGUGGAGAUCUGGACAACACCCUGGCUAGGGAAAAGGCUUUUACUGGGUGGCCUCAUGGACUCUCUGUCCCUAGACCCCUAGCUAUGGCACUGUCCCCACCUCUGGGCCCUAGGCCCCCCUCAGAGGCCCACACACCUCUGCCUGGAAAACCGGACAUUGCUGGAUGCACCGGCUGCCCUGCUUCAGGAAUGGAGAUGAUCAGGUCAGAGCAGAAACUGGGGCUGGACUCCUUGGAUGCUCCUGAGCACUUGCGGGGUGGGCAGAGGGGCACUGAGCCCACUGCUGGCCCCCCAAGGUUGUCAAUGCCCUCUUCCCAUGAGGACUCAGCUGAAGACAAACACCAUGAGCACCCCGUCUCUGGCUUGGAGGUACUGGAGGCUGAGCAGGACAGCCUGCAUCUUUGCCUGUUGGGGCUGGGCCUCCGGCUGCAGGACCUGGAGCGAGGCCUGGGGCCCUGGACACUGGCCCAGAGCAUGACUGUCCGGCUGCAGGCCCUACAAGCAGACCUGCGAGGAGCAGCCGAGCGUGUGGAUGCACUGCUGGCAUUUGGUGAGGGGCUGGCACAGCGGAGUGAACCCAGGGCCUGGGCAUCCCUGGAGCAGAUCCUGAGGGCCCUUGGAGCCCACCGAGAUACCAUCUUCCGACGCCUCUGGCAGCUGCAGACACAGCUGGUCAGCUACAGCCUGGUGUUCGAGGAGGCCAACAUGCCAGAUCAGGACUUGGAAGCCAAGGGAGACUCAGACGGGCCAGGAUCUGGUGGGGUCUGGGGACCCUGGGCACCCAGUAGCCUCCUCACUCCUGCAGAGUUGGAGUGGGACCCGGCGGGGGACGUUGGGGGCCUGGGGCCCUUGAGGCAAAGGACAACUUGGACUCCAGGGGCUCCCUGCGAGCUGUGUGGCCACAGGGGGCCCCAGGGCAGGGGACAAGGCUUUGAGGACAUGCUCACGUCGGGUCUCAGCCACCAGAAACACGUGCCAGGUCACCGAAGACGUUCCUUGCUCCAGAAGCCUCAGGACAAGAAGAGGCAAGCAGCUCCCCGUCUGCUGGAAGUGGAUUCUGGAGUGCCGGCUCCUACACCCAGGCGGCCUCCGAUCUUCCUCCUUCUCCUCAUCCUCUUCCUGCUCCUGGUGGGUGCCACAUUGUUCCUGCCCACGUCAGGAGGCCCCUGCUGCUCUCACGCUCGACUGGCCAGGACACCCUACCUGGUGCUAGACUAUGUCAAUGGUCCCCCGCCAAUCUGAGUGCACAGCCCGGACACGAGUAAUAAACAGUCACCAUCCAAGCAAGUGUGACGAUGUUGGGUGCUUGAGUCCCCGGAGUGUGGCACGCAGCCCCGAUAUGUCGGACAGUCCUGCCACAGACCCCCGUGUCUGGAGCACAGAACACUGCACUGCAUUGACCCAUCUUGAGUUGGGUUCUCCUCGAUCCUGACACAAGAGGAUUCAAGCCUCAGUCAUGUACUUGGUGGGUGGUACUUGGAACAGUGGCAGGGGAAUGAGGGACUGGGUGAGUUAAGGGGGCUGCUGCUCUGGGUCCCUGGGGUGCCAUCCCACUGGGGAUGUCUGGCAGCUGUGUGGCACACACUCGAAGUCGUUCCAUGGAGAAAUCGUGGCACUGAUGGAUCAGUGUCCAUCUCUCCUUGCUGACGACACCUCCGCACUUCCACCUGUCCCAGCUAUGAAGGCCCCUCCCUCAGGCAAAGAAGCACAGGUGUUCCCCACAGCAAGCUAGAGGCAGGUAUGGCAGGGUGCAGGCCAUACGGGUGACCUCCCCAGCCCCUGGCUUGUGUCCACACAGGUGCUCUGUUUGAACAUUCUACGAGGUGGGCUCUUGAGCUGGGCCAUCGUUAGCCCAAGACCGCGAAACCCCUUUCCUGGAGUCUUGACAACACCAGGCUGAAUUGCCAGGGCUCCGUCCUAAGACUCCCCCGAACUUCUGAUAUGGGGGGCCAGCGCACCGUGCUGAUCCAAAGCCAGGAGCCAGGUGCUUCCUCCUGGUCUCCCAUGGGGUGCAGGGCCCAAGCACUUGGGCCAUCCUCCACUGCACUCCUGGGCCACAGCAGAGAGCUGGCCUGGAAGAGGGGUAACCGGGACAGAAUCCGGCGCUCUGACCGGGACUAGAACCCGGUGUGCCGGUGCCACAGGCAGAGGAUUAGCCUAUUGAGCUACGGCGCCGGCCAGAAAACAUAUUUUUAAAAAUUGCAUCUGGACUAAACAAACUUCCUAAAUAAUGUAGCAUAACUGUUUACACAGCAUUGUAAUACACUGUAGUUAUUGUAAGUAAUUUAAGUAUGUGUGUAGGUUAUAGGCAAAUGCCAUGCCAUUUGAUAUGAGGGACAUGAACAUCUGUGGAUUUUGGGAACUAUCCUGGAUGCAGAGGGACAGCUCUAAGUGGUGGGUCAGACCGUGGUACGUGCUAGGAGAAGUAUAAAGUGGGCGGAGAGAGAGGGCUAUAAUGUGACAGAAUGGCUAAGAGAGGCAAUUAUAACUAUGUUAUAACUAUGCCUUUACUGCAGAAAGGAAUGCAGAAACCAGCCAUGUGCACUCCUAGUGCAAUGCUGUCCAACAGAUAUAUAAUGCAGGUCACAGAUUAAACUUUGCUAGUUGUCACAUUAAAACAGAAAUAGGUGGAAUGAAUUUUAAUAAUUUGUAUUCUAUCUUACCCAAUAUGUCCAAAAUACCAUCACUUAAAAAUAGUCAAUAUAAAAAUAAUCAGAUAUUUUACUAUCCUUUUUUUUUAAAGAAAGAUUUAUUUAAGAGACAGAGCUACAGACAGAGACAGAGAGAGAGGUCUUCCAUCUGCUGGCUCACUCCCCAAAUGGCUGCAAUAGCCAGAGCUGGGCCGAUCAAAAGCCGAGAGCCAGGAGCUUCUUCUGGGUCUCUCACAUGACUGCAGGGGCCCAAGCACUGAGGCCAUCUUCUACUGCUUUCUCAGGCCAUAGCAGAGAGCUGAAUUGGAAGAGGAGCAGCCAGGACUUGAACUGGUGCCCAUAUGGGAUGCUGGUGCCUCAGGUGCUAUGAAUACACAGUGUUGGCCCCACAAUCUUUUUUCUUAAAACUUUGAAAUUAGUGUGUACUUCACCAGAUUUAAAUUUAAAAAUUUAUUUUCACUUUAUUUGAAAGGCAAAGACACAGAUAGAAAUCUUCCAUAUGAGGGUUCACUCCCCAAAUGAUUGCAAUGGCCAGCCCUGAGCCAGGACAAAGCCAGUACCAGGGACUCCAUCUUUGUCUCCCACAGGGUGGGUAGGGACCCAAGUACUUGGGCCAUCAUCUGCUGCUUCCCCAGGCACAUUAGCAGGAAGCUGUCAUCAGAAGCAGGGUAGAUGGGAUGCCAAUGAGGCACUGUGACAUAGGAAGUGGGUGUCCCAAGCAGCGUCUUAACUGCUGCACCAAACACCUGCCCCAGAUGCUGACUUUUUAACAAGUAAUGUGAAAUGUUGUCUUACCAAAACAACAAGAUAGCAAAACAAAAAAAGAAAAACUUUAUUUUACACUACUUUCGUUUUUAAAUUUACUUAACAUUUACAAAAUUAAAAUUUCAGGAGGCAGGCAUUUAUCCUAGCAACUAUGACAUCUGUAUCCUACAUCGGAGAACCUGGGUUUGAGUCCUGGUUCCAGCUCGACUCUUUCUGCUAAUGCAGAUCCAGGGAGGUAGCUAUGCUGGCUCAAGUAAUUGGGUUCCUGCUACCCACAUGGCAGAACUGGAUUGUGUUUUCGGUUCCAGUCUUUGGCCCUGGUCAUUGUAGGCAUUUGGGGAGUGAACCAGCAGAUUAGAGCAAUCUUUCUAAAUAAGAGAUUCCAUUUCUUAGUCACAUCAGCGAAAUGUCAAAUGCUCAAGUCACAUGUAGUCCCAGCUACAAUACUGGACAGUGCAGACCUCAAGGAAGUGCAUUCCAGGUAGAGAGGGAACAAGUGCAGAGGGCCUGGGGUACAUGGCAAGGCCAGUAAGGCUGGAGAGUAAGUAGUGUAGGCGGGGUGUGUGUGUGACAGGGCCAAUCAGCUAAGGCCUUGUAGGAUGGAGGUUUGUAAAUUUUUAUUCUGCUAAAUUUUAAACUGGGACAAAAGGGGAAUGAACAGUCCUCACAGACUCCUCACCAGCUCUGUUAACUCAGGGCCACCCCCUCUCAUUCUCCUAUGCACCCAUUUCCCUGUCCCUAGAUUAAUUCUGCAGCCAACUCUAAACAUCAUAUCCUUUCACUCACAAGCAAUUCAGCUCCAAAAGACUGAGUGUUUUCAAAAUCUAGUCACAACACUUUUUGCACUGUAAAAAUAUCCCACAAUCAUUUGUUCACAUCCUUUGCACCCCGGAUGACACUGCUCAGGAGUGAUGGGAAGUUAUGGGCACAGCUGGUGGCUCCUUGUCCAGUAAACAGCUUCCCAGUUCCCCACAGCCCCACUGGGCCACCUCAUGCAGCGGGUCACUCGCUCGGCCUGUUGCUAUGGCAGAGUUUGUCACUCAAGAUAGCAACCUAACAGUAACCUAUGCUUCCCAAUAGGGUGAAGAUCAGCAAGGGAGAUCACGUUAUUUUUUCCAAAGGCUAAAAAAAUGCAUUUUAUUGAAUUUUAAUUAGUUGCAAAAUCUGUCAAGUUAUAUGUAAGAGUUUUAUAAAGUCCCAGAAGAGUCAAGCUUCCCUUUCAUGGAAAUGUGGUACACAGAUAACUAAUGACCAGUGAGACACUGAUACAGGUUGAGCGCUCUAAUCCAAGAAUUUGGAAUCUGAAAAUCUGCCGAACCCAAAACCUUGUGAGUGAUGCUACAGGUGGAAAUUUCCACACAAUCAAGCUUCUUCCAUGCACACAAUUAUUUAAA